UAUUUUAGUCUAUAUCAAUAAUGUAAAAUAUAAUUACUAUUUUUUUUUUAAUUAGCUAGUGUACUAGACAUAUCGAGGGUAGGUCUUAUGUGAGACCACCCGCAUAAGAAUAGUGAUAUCAACAUUAAAAAAUUUAAUUGUUGAUCUGAAACUAUUUAUUAGAAAGUAAUAACCAUGUGAUCGGAUAGUAUAAUUAGUAAUGCUAGAACACGGCUAUAUGAUCAUUAGGUGUAAUUGUUUGAUUAAAAAGAACUACUAUUUGAUAAGAAGUUGAUCUUAUAAAUAAGCUUGUCACAAAUAGAAUUUUGUAUCAUAUCCAAUAAUUUGGUCAAAUUAAUAUAUUAAAGAUGUUAAAUAUGUAAUACAUAGUACGACGAAAAUUACAUGAAGUAUUAGAUGAUUAAAUAAAAAAUUACAUGAAGUAUUAGAUGAUUAAAUAAAUACUCCCUCCGUCCCUUAAUACUCGCACCGGUUUGACCAGUGCGGAGUUUAAGACAUUUGAAUUGACUUAUUAAUUUAAUGAGUGUUUGUUGAUAGUGGGGUAUUUUUUUAAUAUAGUUAGUGAGAAAUGGGUAGGGGGGGAGUGGUGAGUGAGGGGUGUUUAUUUUUAAAUGAUUUUUUGUAGGGAAUAUGGGUGUAGGUGGGGUAGUAGGUAAGUGUGAGAAAUAAUAUAAUAUUGGUAAAGAUUUCCAUUUAUAGAAGCGGUGCAAGUAUAAAGGGACGGCCCGAAAAGGAAAGCGGUGCAAGUAUUAAGGGACGGAGGGAGUAUAUUCUAAAAUGAUUAAUUAUACAUUAGUUUUAAGAGCAUAAAUAUUCCACUUAAAUAAAAAAAAAAUGAUCAAGUACGGAGUAACAAGAAUUUUAAAAAAAUAUUUGCGUGCAAGGGAUAUAAUCUAGUACGAAGUUCUAUAAUAUUUAUAAUUUUGUACAGAGAAAGAAUAUUUAUAACCUAAACAUGUCCAAUUCUGUUAUUCAGGAAAGUUUAUCGAUUCUUUUAUUCUUUUACCUUUACGUGUAAGGGGUUUUGUGGAACAGUAGAUAUGUUUUCCUCUGUUUGCGAGAUAUAUUUUCCUCUGUAUGUCUUGACAAGUCUCCCUCCAAAAAAAAAAAAAAAAAAAAAUCCUAAAACAAGUUGGAAACUAUAUAAACUCAGAUACAUAACUUUCCUGUAUGUACUGAUUUUAAAGAAAAAUUAUUUGGUCAAGAAACGUAACUUUUAUAUAGUCGUUUGGAAAAUCUUUUGUAAAGUUGUUUUCUUCCACAAAAAAGUUAGGGAAUCGAUGGAAAAUAAUUGGGAAAAACUUUUAGCUUUGAGAUAUUUAAUGGCCAACUCACAUCCGUUUCAUGGCGCAUUCAUUCCGAACGACGUUUAUCAGUUUGCACAUGGAAAAGAAGAGGUGCGUCCAACUCCCAAUCUUGUCCGCAAGGACCACCACAUAAUGGAUAUGGAAUUUGUCAACCCAUAUUACAGUCCACAGUCAAGCACCUAUGGGUCAGAGAGUAGAAGGUUUGCACUUGAGACAGUGGUAACUCCACCAGCAAAAGAAACAGCAAAGUCGAUGUUCAACAGAGCUUUACCACAACAGGAGGCUCCAAUGUUUGUUACCAGCAAUCCAUAUUAUAGUCCACAGUCAAGCACGUAUAGUUCAGACAGUAACAUAUUUGCACUUGAUACAAUGGUAACUCCACCAGCAAAAGAAACAGCAAAGUCUUUUCUCAACAGACCUUUACCACAACCAAAGGAGGCUCCAACAUUUAAUACCAGCAAUCCAUAUUACAGUCCAGUGUCAAGCACAUAUAAUUCAUGCAGUACCCGCAAAUUCGCACUUAAGACAAAGGAAACUCCUCCACCAACAAAAGAAGCAGCAAACUCCAAGUUACACCAAGCUUUACCUAUCCAAUCAAAGAAUGCUCCAACUGUAAGCCCUCAUCUCACAAGCCCAGACUGGUCUCCCUUGGAUGACAACAUUACAAUAACUUACGCUUCAAGUAAUGAAACUCCUCCAAGAAAGGCUAUCGAUGAGCAUAUGCACCGUGCAAUUUAUGGUCCGACUCAAAUGAAAAGGCUCCCUGUUUUUGUUGAUAUUUGCCUCUAAGUAAAAACAUUCAUUUCUAAAUAACAGCAUGUAGAGUUCUUUGUUAGCAGCAUAGAAACCAUUACUUGAUACCCAGCAACAUUUUGGAUCAUACAUGAAAGUGUAAAUAGCUCGUGUUCUGGAGAUAUAGAUUUAGCAGAGCCAGAUGAGCAUCACACCGCCAUCUGCCUAGGUGUUAAACCCUUUAGAUAAUACACUGCUUCUUACUUUUGUAACGAGGACCCGUUCGUGAUGUUCUUUUCUAGAUAGUAAUAGCGAAUUGGUGUGUAAUAUACAUCAUCCAUUUUCUUCUGAGGUUACACACAGUUGAAUAAUACUGCUUUGGCAUUUUAUGGA